AUGGCGGAAGUUAUCGGCCUUGUGUCCGGGAUCAUCACCGUCAUCGAGACCUCUAUCAAACUAUACGACGGCGCUCAGAAGGACAUCAAAUUAUCUGAGACGUUCGAAGCUGUUCGACGCCGACUCCCCGUUAUUCUCGAUACCCUCUUGACAUGCAAAGAAAACCUCGCACCGCGAAAAGAAUUGAUCCCCGAAGAUGUUUGUGAAGCGUUAGAGGCGACCCUUUACGCCUGCCGUACAAAAGCAAGGAACUUGGAAGAAAUCUUUGAGAAGAUCGUACCCGGUGAAAGCGAUACAAGAGAACAACGCUAUUUGAAAAUUCUCCGCAGACUCGGCAAAGGGAACAAAGUCGAAGAGCUUAUGCUUGGUUUGGCCGAAGACGUACAACUGCUUGUCAAUCACGAUGCGGUCAAGUCUGCCAAUCGAGAGCAAAAUUCCCAGCUUGAAGAUACUAUCAAUGAAAUGAGGUCAGUCAUUUCAGGAACGGAAAAAUUGGGCACCACAAUGAGUUUCAGCAGCGGAGGCGGGGCACAGACAAACUAUGUCCAGCAAGGCCGUGGGGAUCAAUAUAUCAGCAACGGUGGAAAGCAGUACAAUGCUGAGAUCCAACAUUUCGUUGAGGUCAAACAGAAAGAGGACUUUGGGUUCCAUGGACCCGUUGGUGUUUGUCUUGGCAAAGCGCCUUAUAUCGCUCCAGAACUCUUUAUCGGUCGUGGCUCCGAGCUUGAUGAAAUUGCAGAAAUUUUACACCCGGUUCAGGAGCUUCAAAAGCAUCGACGUCUAGUUCUCGGUGGGAUGGGUGGUAUUGGCAAGACUCGGCUUGCUAUCGCUUACGCAGAGUCGCAAUUUAGAUUUUAUAGCUCGGUAUUUUGGCUGAAUGCAGCGUCCGAGGCUACACUGAAAGAUAGUUUUCGAUCAAUCGCCAGCCUCAUUUUCGAUAUUCAAGAUUCUCGACUCUUAGAGGGUAAAGAUACUAUCGGACGUGUACACCAAUGGCUAUCUGAUUCGACAAAUACCCAGUGGUUAUUGAUCUUUGAUAAUUAUGACGACCCCGACCAAUUUGAGAUCAACAAUUACUACCCACAUACCAUAAGUCAUGGGGCUAUUAUAGUUACUACCAGAUGGCCAGAUCGGGUUGGCGGAAACCUUUUACAUGUGAAGCCGUUGCAGGACAUCGAAGAUAGCCUAGCGGUCUUACGAACCCGGUCAAAAAGAGAGAAUGUUGAAUCAGAUCCUCACGCAAAAGGCCUUGCAAAGCGGCUUGCUGGUCUUCCAAUUGCUUUAGCAACUGCUGGGACAUAUCUUCAGCGAAGUACUCUUAGCUUUGAACGCUACCUACAAGAAUACGAGAAACGCUGGAAUCUUGAUCCUCGUCACCCCACAAAGCUCCAGGAGUAUCGUGAACGUACACUUUAUACGACCUGGAAUCUGUCAUACGCUCGUCUGGAAACUAUCGACUCGGCUGCGGCAAAAUUACUCAAAUUGUUAGCCUACUUCGGCAACAAUAGCCUUUGUAUUGAUGAAGAGCAUUAUUGGUAUGCUUUUAACUGCGUGAAUGCAACUACGAGUGGGGUUGAUGAACAUUCUCUUGGCCAUGUUGAAUUUUCCCGUGCGGCUAGUCAUGCAUUACGACUAGUGCAAUGCCGCUUCCUCGAGCAUGAUAUGAUCUCUAUUUCUACGCCUGAUCGACUCGCUAUAGCCUUGAAUGUGUCUCGAUUGCUUCAAUACCAAAGUCAGCUUUCUGCAGCGGAGCAACUAUACGUACGGGUGCUCGCAGGGUAUGAGCAAGCGCUAGGUGCGGAUCAUAUAUCAACCCUUGCCGCUGUCCAUGACCUCGGGCUUCUAUAUACUCACCUAGUUAUGGCGGACAAAGCCGAGGCAAUGUUCGUGCGGGUGAUAGCUGGGUAUGAGAAAGUGCUAGGACCAGGCCAUCUUUCAACGCUUGAUGCUAGCAAUAAUCUCGGGAAUAUAUAUGUUUACCAAGGGAAGCUGGACAAGGCAGAGGGGUUAUACCUGCGGGCGCUGAAUGGGUAUGACAAAGACCAUCCAUCGACCUUUGGCAAGUUCAAUAACCUCGGGAACGUAUACCUGAUCCAAGGAAAACUAGACAAAGCUGAGGAGAUGUAUGUGCGGGCUUUACCUGGACAAGAGAGUGCGCAAGGACCAGAUCAUAUACCAACCCUUCUCACUAUCCACAAUCUGGGGAAUCUAUACAGUGAACAGGGCAAGCCGGACAAAGCCGAGGAGAUGUACUUGCGAGCGCUAGCGGGGAGGGAAAAAGUGUUGGGUCCAGACCACUCUUUGACCCUUAUCACUGUCAACAAUCUUGGGAGAUUAUAUGCUGACGAAGGAAAGAUGGACAAAGCAGGGGAGAUGUAUGGGCGGGCGCUGAAUGGAAGAGUAAGGAACGCUGCCAAAGGACCCUCUCCUUUUGUUCUCUCUUUCAAAUAG